AAACUACAAAUUAUACACGAAAAGGUAAUAAUAUUUUUUAAUAUUUUUUAUUUAAGCUGAAUGACCUAUUUUUUUAAUUAUUUUUUAUUAAUCGUUUUAUAUUUGUUUUUAAUUUUUACAUUCCUUUAUUUCUUCCGUUUCAUUUUUCUUUCAUUCAUACUUUUCUCUCUCUAUCUCUUUCAUUCCUUUUAUAUUAUUUUUUAUCUUUUCACGAAAAAAAUAUUCACAUUCAUCAAAUCUUUCCAUAUCUUUCCUUUUUUUUCUCCCCUCCACCCCUUAAACCGCGCAUAAUAAACAUCAACAACGUAUAUCUCCUACUAUUUAUAUCAUUCAUUACUUCCCGAUUUACCGAUUUAUCCUAAUUGUGAAUAUUCAAACAAAUUUUGAAACAAAUUCUUUUUUUUAAAAAAAAA